GUCAUGGAGUUCAUCUCUGUCACAAAUGUCGAUGGCCUUUCCCGAAUCCACAUCCAAGUGCCAAGCACAGGCGUGCUCACAAGAAGAUCUGUGGAACCAUUGAAGGUUACAAGCUGUGUUCCUCCGAGGAAUAAUCUCGCUCAAACGGCUCAGAUGAUGGACAUGGUUCUAAUGAUGAUAAAAAAAUCCCCAAGUCCAGAGGUCUUGAAUAUAGGCAACAAGGAGAAGGAUGAUAGUGAAAUUGGAGAUAAAAUAAAUAGAUCAGAAGAUGAGGUAUUUUUAGAUGCAGUUGCAGACUUUUCAGAUAGUCAAGGAGUUAAGGAAUCUCUGUAGGAAGGUAGUUUGGACUCAAGUACCAGUGUGGAACGGGACGGCAAAGAUGAUCCAAAAUUUUCAGGGUCUUCCAAGGACAAU